GGAAGUACGUCUCUCUUUAGGCAGGAACCGAAUGCACUCUUUAGCUUAAGUCGUGAUUGGUUUGAUAAAAACCUUGUGAUGUACCGUCAUUGUCGCCACCAGGAAAUGGUCCACAGUUUUGAAAGGCGAAAGAAAAAAAUUAAGUUGAAAACAUGACGUUGGGGGAUGUCUGGAAGCAACUAUCUUGGUUCUACUAUCAGUAUAUUCUUGUCACGGCUUUAUAUAUGCUGGAGCCAUGGGAGAGGACGAUCUUCAAUUCGCUGCUGAUCUCCGUUGCAGGCAUGGCUGUCUACACUGGCUAUGUGUUCAUGCCCCAGCACAUCAUGGCUAUCCUGCACUACUUUAAAAUGAUCGAAUGACAGAUGUCCACUCAGUGCCCUGAUCUAGUGCUUACCAGCCCAUGGCUGUCUGUCCAACUCUUUUCAUUCAUCUGUGGCAUAAAGGACAAGUGGACCAACACAUUCCCUUGGAUUUUAUCUGUCGUCACAAAGGAAACAUGAACAGUGUUCUAGAACAAGUGGAAGAGAAGGGUUUCUAUUGGAGAGAUGGAACAUCUGAUCUUAUAGGAGAUUAAAACCAUUAUUGUCUUAAUGCAUGGUAAACAAUGUGACGGGUUGGUUCCUAUUUGCACAUCUUGUGAAAUGUAUAACUUUUUUAUUUUAUAAAUGGCCUAUAUACUAUAUCUGUAAAGUUUUGUCGUAGAUAUAUUCAGUUACAACAACUACUCAAUUAGUUUCACAACCAAGCGACCAUCUCAGACUGGAUGACUGUGUUGUGGGAGCACCUCUAAAAUGAGCAGUUAUAAUUUAUCCUUAGAUACACUGUAAUGUCAGCUAUGAUUGACCAAAAAUAUGCAACAUCGUUUUUUGAAAUGAUUGUCUAAAAAAAAAAAAAUCUCCUUCUGAUGGUGUUUAAUGGGAUGAAUGUUUGAUUAAACAAAUUUCUUGUGA